GCUUCUUUUUUUCAUGUAUAUGGUGAGAGAUCCGGAGAGAGGCUGAAAUCAGUCAGAGAGAGUGCUUCAUCAGGACUACACAACAUCACCAUUCAACAUCAUCAUCAUCAUCCUCAUUAUUAAAGAUACACAGUAAAUGUAUAUGUAAUACUUGAGAGCGACCAAGUUGUAUUUAUGUAUUGAAACUCGCAACUCGACUCGCCAUCAAAUAAUAUAACAUGAUAAUGAUGAUGAUGCAAAUGAGAAGAAGCCAGGAAAUGUAUAUUUUUCCAGUGUUGUUUAAAGGAUUAUCAGUGCCGAUUGACCAAGCUUCAAUCAACUCAUUGCAACACCAGCAUCCCGAGUGACUCUCAUCUCUCUGAUAACUUCAUCGUUCAACUCGUGUUUUCUCAAUUUUUUUGUCUUUUCUCUCUUUUUCUUCUCCAACUUUUCUCCUUUUCUCCAAUCUUUUUUUUCCUGAGAGUGAAUUGUAUUAAGUAAUCACGAAAUGGGUGUUUUUGUGUGUGUUUCACCACUUCUCUACUCUCUCUACCUGUGAUUCAAUAUGUCAUCAUUGGCGCCAACAUCAAUGAGGAAGUGUCAACUUGCAGUGUGACAACAUUCAACUACUUGAUUCAACCCAAACCUCAACAUCAGUGAAUCAAAAUUAAAGUCAAAACAAGGCAAAAAGCUCUUGCCUCUUGUCCGGUUAACGUUUGUUCCUAAAGAAGAUAAAAUAAUGAAAAAUUUAUUCGAAAAAUCAAAUUAGAAUUUUAAUCAAAUUUUCUCAUUUGGAAGAAGCCAUUUUAAUCACAUUUACAUUUCACCAUAACUCACACUCACAUAAACACACUUAAACACACACACACAUCCACAUCCAACACACAUUCCUAAUCAUAUUUAUAUUCAUAAUCUUAACUUAUUAUUACAAUUAUUGAGAGAAAACAAAAUAUUGAAAAAAUUGGUAAACACUUUUUUGGAUUAGUUCCUAUUCAACAAACACUGACCCAUCAGUUCCUAUUAAUACAACAACCAAUCAACUAAACAAACGCAAGCAUCAAGUUCCUACUUUCGGAUUGCCUUUUUUUUGCCGUAAAAAAACACAAAAAUCACAUUCAACAAACGGUAAAAGAGACUUUCAUAAACUGCAACCACUAAACACCAAAAAACACCAACACUUUUGCAACACACAAAACGAAAAGAAUUGCUUCUUCGAUUUUGUUUCUUCUCCUUUCUUCCCUUUCUUCCUGUCAACAAUAAUGGUUCCUACAACAACUACAACUACUACUAUUACUACUGCUGAAACAGCAACAACUGGUGGUUCCUAAAAUAAUACCUAAAUAGUAAUACACUUUAAGCGCAAAAGCAACUAACUAAAGCCCUGUUAACACUUCAAACACACUAACAUCGCCAACGUACACUUUCAAGGUUCCUAAACUAUUAUUUAUUAUUGAAUACUUAUAUUGAUAAAAAAACAAGUUCCAAGUCCUGGAGAAGAUAAUUUAAUAAGAAUCUGCAAUUGACAAACAAAAGCAAAUGAUUAUUGGUUAUUAUUUCAUAAUUUGAAUCCAUUUUUAAAGCGAAACGCAAAAAGAGAUAAAAGUUCCUUUUUUUCAUCUCAAACACCUCAACAAAAAACGGAAACAUUUCAUCCAAUCCUGAUAAAAGUAACAUUUUAAAACCAUCUUUAACAACCUGACAAAAGGUUCCAAUUUUUGAUUACAAAGCAAAAGUCAAACUUGGAAACACAAUAAUCGUUAUCAUCAAUAAACCAACCAGAAUAUUUACCUUGAUUGGAAAAGGUGAAACAACAUCAAAAUAUUUCUUCCUCACAAUUGUUCCUCUGAAAUUAUAUCAACUUUAAACUGGAAGAAAGCAAAGUUAUCCAAUAGCAAAUUAAGUUAAUUGACAAAACUGAUCUUAAGUUUUUCCUAAAAGUUCCUAUUAUGCACAGUUACAGGGUGUUUACCUUAUCGGAUAAGUAUAAAAAGAUACGCGAUAGUCAUGGUGAGAGAGGUGAAGACGAGACUGACUUUAAAUUGCCGCCUCUGGAAGAGAUUAAAUCUUGUUUCGAUGACAAUUUGGAUAAUUUGAGUGAAGAUGAAAAUGUUGAUGAAGAACUGACCAACAACAAUAAAGGUGAACAAGAUGAAGAUGUUACAGAGGAAGAUGAAGCCGAUGAAGACUCGGAAAAUGAUAGUUUACUAAAUGAUGAGCAAACUGAUGAAUUUGAUGAGAAUGAAGUUUACGAUGAGAAUGAUGAAAAUUCAACAACCGGUGACAACAUGAACUCUGUCAACAAUCUAAACUCAAUGAAGUCAACUCGAUGCCAAGUAAAGAGUAAAACGAGGAUUGAACGUUCACGACGAAAAUGUUCAAAGAUUAAAGGUAAAAAUAGUAAAUUAUCUUUAUGUUCACCUUCAUCAUCAACAGCCAACAGUAAGGUGACACCAACAGUGCCCGUUAAACCAAUACUCAUGUGCUUUAUCUGUAAACUAUCAUUUGUUUAUGUUAAAUCAUUUACUGCUCAUGCAUCAAGUGAGCACAAUAUAAUACCAAAUGAUGAAGAGAAAGCUCUUCUUUCCGCUAAAAAUAGUUCCGCAAUAAUUCAAGGAGUUGGUCAAGAUAAGGAGCCAGUUUUAUCCUUUUUAGAGCCACGAAUGGAAGUUCCUCAAACACUGUUACCCACCUCAUUGGCUAACCUGGUUUCACCGGUUAACCUUGAUUUAAAUGCUGUUACUGGAUCAACGGCAACACCAUCAAGCUCACCAUCAACCUCAACACACUCUCACCACCAACAGCAACAACAGUCAACCUCAUCAAUGUCAACAUCAAGUUCCUCUGUAAACGGUGCCUCGCCUCUUAAUGGACCUCAUCAUCCUAAUCUUUCAAGCCAAUCAACUACUAAUAAUGUUCCAGAGAAACUAUCAUCUUCUUCAUCGCCAUCAUCAUCACCCUCAUCUUCACUCCAUUCCAAUGUAACCACCAACAACAACACCACCAAUGAAACACUUGGUGAUUCACACAAAUCUCAUCAGCAAUCAAGCUCAUCUUCAUGUCAACAAUCAAGUUCCUCAACCAUCAAUCCAACGUUGGACUCUUCAUCAACACCGCCGUUCAUGUCUCCCUCAACCAAUAGCCUUCCCAGUCAAUCAUCAAAUAUCAACUCACCGAUACCAAGUGAAUCGUCAACGUUUGAAACGUUGAAUUUAGUUUUACCAAAGAAUAAUAAUAAUAAUAAUAAUAACAAUAAUAAUAAUAAUUCAAAUAAUCUUCAUUCUAAUAAUAAUUCAACUAAUGCUAGUAAAAGUAAAAGCAACAAUAAUUCCAAUGGUAAUAAUAAUAAGAAGAAGAAGAAUAAUAAAGAUGAUGGAGAUUCUAGUGAGAUUAAUAAAGUUAAUAAUAAUAAUCGAAUGGGAAUUAGUGGUAGUGAUUUAAAUGCAAUGGAUUUAAAUAUUAAUUCAUUAUUAACUCCAGAGCUUGCUGAUCUGUGUAAUCUUGAAAAGAUUGCCAAAGCAGCGGCUGCUGCAUCACAACGAUCAAAUGAACAACACGUUCAAUCACAUCAACUACAAGGUAACUCAACGGGCUCACCUAGUUCAACCUAUGGAUCCUCUUUAACCAUUGUUAAUCCCGCUGUAUGUUCACCACCAUCAACCUCAGUCUCACCCAAAUCAUCGUCACUCUCACUGACCACCAAGCAAACCUCACCAACCUCGGCAGCCUCAUCACCACCCAUUGGAUUAACUGCAGCUUCAGUUCCUCUCUCACCUUCAACCCUAACCUCAAUGAACUCAAAUGUUGCCGCUGCCGUGGCCUCUGCACUGGCUGCAGCAGCAGCCGCAGUUAACCAGCAACAACAGCAACAACAACAAGGGCAAGCAUCAACCUCAACCCCAUCAAACUUGUCAAGCAACUCGGCCAGUUCUGGCUGUCACCAUCCAGAGGGUGUUGAAUGUCCUAAAUGUGACAUUGUUCUUGGUUCUUCUCGAUCUCUUGGUGGCCACAUGACCAUGAUGCAUUCCCGUAACUCGUGUAAAACCCUGAAAUGCCCUAAAUGUAAUUGGCAUUACAAGUAUCAGGAAACUUUGGCUAUCCACAUGAAAGAGAAGCAUCCAGAGAAUGAAAUGUCUUGUGUUUACUGUUUAACUGGUCAAAAGCAUCCACGACUUUCCCGUGGUGAAACCUAUACCUGUGGCUAUAAACCAUAUCGAUGUGAGAUUUGUAAUUAUUCAACAACAACCAAGGGUAACCUAUCCAUCCAUACACAAUCGGAUAAACAUGCAAACAAUGUUCGUGAAUUGGAACGCAAUGGUUCACAAGAAGGUUUAAUACAACAAUCACAACAAGCCAUUGCAGCAGCAGUGUUACAAGCUGCUGCUUCAACUCGCUCAAUGUUAUCACUUGUACAUGGGAUGCAACCACCAAACACAGCAACAGGUAAACCAGACAAUUUAACUCGACAACAGCAAAUGCGUCUUCAACAAGGUAAACAAGGAAAAUCAGCCAAUUCCAACAAUGAACUUCUUAAAAUGGACGAUGAACAAAUCAAGUUCCCAAAUGAUGAGCUAACAAGUAGUAUGCUUGAAGAUUUGAAUGAAUCCUUUUUAGCGUCACUUUCUGGAUCCAAUCCGGAUCCAUCAUCGGCUGCAGCAGCGGCCGCAUUGUUUUCUGGACUUGGUUUAAGCGGUUUAAGCGGUUUAUCGGCCAAUCAUGUUUUCCUUUUAGAGCAGCAACAAGCUUUACUACAACAACAACAACAGCAACUUGCAAAUUCAGUGGGAUCCUCUUCAACCUCUGCCAACUCUAAUUCAACCUCUACCAGUCAUCAAUGUCCACAGUGUAAUUUUUCAACCAACUCGGAAGGUAAACUUUCCCUUCACCUGAUUAAUGCCCAUGCCAAUCAGUUAAACAAUAAAUCAGGUUUAAUGGUGGGACCAGUAACCACAAGUUUAAACUCGUCUGCCCAUCUGUCAACUCUAUCAUCACCUAGUUCACCUAAAAAGGCUAAACUUUCACCAAAUCAGUUAUCUAGUGGUGUUGCUGGUGGAUCUACAACCACCUCACCUUCAUCUCUAUCCUCUUCAUCUCAUUCUGGUUCCUCUUCAACAGCUUUAACAAUUGUUGUUUUGUGUCCUCUAUGUCAGUCUCCUUGUGAAACCAGAAAGGGUCUCGAGACUCAUCUCAUUGAGACUCAUAAUGUUGCCAAUAAAGAAGUUGUUGAUCGUCUGAUGUCUUCUGCAACAACAACAACAACAACCAUUUCAGAGACUGUUUCCAAUAAUAAUGAUAAAUCGUCAGUUAAAGAUGGUAAUAAUGUUCCUAAUAAUGUAUCAACCAAUGGAGGUGAUGAUGAUGGUUCAUCGUCUCUAGGUUGUCCAGACAAUGGUGAUGGUCGUUCUGAUUGUUCAAUGGAUGACUCAAUUGAUGGAUCUCGUGAUGAUUGUGUUAAUUUAUCUUCUUCAGUCUCCUUAAACAAUAGUUCGAUAAAUAUGUCUUCUUCCUCUUCUUCCGGUUCCAAAACGGUUCGCUCUAAAUCUGUUGAUUCUCAAGCAUCAGUAAGUGAUCGUCAUGUUUACAAGUAUAGGUGUAACCAGUGUUCCCUUGCAUUUAAAACAAUUGAAAAAUUGCAGCUUCACUCGCAAUAUCAUUUAAUCCGAGCAGCGACCCAAUGUUGUUUAUGUAGACGAAGUUUCCGUUCCGUUGAAUCAUUGCGUAAACAUGUCGAAACCACUCAUCCAAACAUGUCCGAGGAAGAGUUGGAUGUAUAUAGACAGAGUUUAGCCAAUAAUCCAAUGUUACUAUCUGUUGGACGCAAUGGUGGCGGUAUCCUGGAUCCAGCGACAACCGAGCUUCUCAAAAAGGAAUCAGCUCGUGGUGUUUUGGAGGACGAUGGUGAAGGUGACGGUGAUAUGAUGGACACUAGUGAAUCAGGUACAGGGUUAGAUGGUGAUGAAGCCAUGGACUUGGUAAUGUCAGCUACAGCUCAUGGUAACAAUAGCAGCAAUAACAAUGUAAACAAUGAUUUACUGGAUGAAGAAAUGGUUGCUAAUGAAAUGGACUUCAAGUUGACCUCAUCAACUGAAAGGGUAACCCUUGAAGAUCAAUUAAACAGUCAAACAGCAGCUGAAGAUGGUUACAAUGAUCCCAAUCGAAAGUACAAAUGUCAUCGAUGUAAAGUUGCAUUUACUCGUCAAUCCUAUUUAACAGCUCACAACAAGACUCUGCUUCAUCGUAAAGGUGAAAAAUUGAGUUACCCGUCAAUGGAGAAAUAUCUUGAUCCAAAUCGUCCACACAAAUGUGAUCUAUGUAAGGAAUCAUUUACACAGAAGACAAUCCUUCAGGUUCACAAUAAUUCAGUUUCUCACAUUCAUCGAGCAGCUAAAGCUAAAGAAGCUGCAGCAGCUGCAGCAGCAGCGGCAGCAGCAGCAUCAAAUACAACUCUAUCUGGUAAAGAGAGUCUUAACUGUGCCAAUGAUUUAACCCUUUCUCCAUUAAUUACUUCUUCUUCACCUCCAAUUAUCUCAUCAUCAACCACCUUAACCUCUGCCUCUUCUCUGGCAAACUCAAUUGUUACAACUAAUGCUGGUCAUCGUCGUCAUCUCUCAUCUUCCUCACCUUCACCUUUAUCCUCUUCAAUCUCAUUAACCACCGCAACAACAACAACAACACCUUCUGCUCAAAACUGUUCAACCACUGUUCUACCUGUUAUUUCCGGUUCAUCUUUAUCAAGUGAUCUGACAACUUCGUCUUCUACCAAUGAAAAGAAACCCUACCGAUGCAAUAUUUGUAAAGUGGCCUACAAUAAUGGACCCGCUCUUGAUAUUCAUAUACGAUCUGUUUUACAUCAAACCAGAGCAACAAAGAUUAAAGAGUUAACACUAUCCGGUCAAAUUGACCCAACCAUACCAUUAAUUGAACGACCCGAUCUAAACUCAUCUUCAAUAACGACAAGUUCAGGUGAUGUUAGCGUUACCUCUGUUUCCUUAUCCAAAAAUAGUGACUUUUUGUCAUCAAAUAACUCUGGUAAAUUGGGUGAUUUAACUGAACAACAAGCAGCUUCUUUGCAGCAAGCUGUUGCCCUCAACUUGGCCACUGGUGGUCAACUUUUACUAACCAAUCCUGCAGCCAUGGCAGCAGCAGCAGCAGCCGCUGCCGCCGCUGCUUCGUCAAACUCAUCGUCUGCAAAUAACUCUUCUGGUACCAAUGCCGGUUUAUAUUCGUGUAAUCGGUGUGGAACCAUUGUUCCUAACCAAGAAACAUUCAUUCAACAUCAACAAAUUUGCUCACUUUUUGGUCCUCGAGGAUUGAAAUCAAUGACAGGUAAAGAAGGACAAUCUUUCCAGCAACAAGUUGUUGCCGCUGCAUCAGCUUUGGCUGCAGUUCAACAGCAACAACAGCAACAACAUCAAGCACAACAAACAGCUCAAGAACAGUUGAAUGCUGCUAUCCGUGCUAGUCAAACUAAAUACUACAAUGCACCAGUUUGCAAAUCAAAGCCUCCAGGUUAUAAACAUUUACUUGAAACGUGGGGAUUUGAGAUUGUAAUGCAAUUCAAUGAAAACCAUCAGAGACGCCGUAAAGUUCCUAAAGAAGAAAAAAUUGACUCUGAUGAUGUGAUAAUGAAAGAUUCUGGUGACAAAAGUGGUAACAGUGACCACGGUGUAAUUAAUAGUGUAUCAUCAGCGGAUAAAAGUGAUUUACCAGGGUCAACCAAUUUACCCGAAAUCAAUAGAUCUAAAUGUGAUUUUUGUAAUAAAGAGUUCUCCUCAAUUUGGGUUCUCAAAGCUCACCGAGAAGAAGUUCAUUCGGCUAUAGUUCCUAUUACCCUGGUUGAAACUUUUGCUGAUGAAUAUAGGAAAGAUUAUGAUCGUCGUCAUCAUCAUCUUGCUCACCAUCACAAUAUCCUUUCCUCACCUUCAGUUUCAUCAUCUUCCACCUCACAUUCAGUGCCACUCUCUUCACUAACCUCUGGAUCAACAUCAUCUUCAACAGUUCAUGUGAGCUCUUCAACACCAACAACCACCGUAACACCAAUAACAAGUUCCAAUGUUGACUCUUUUGUAAAUGAUGUUCUCAACGCUAAUGGAUUAACAAGUACCACUUCAUCAGGUGGCGGUGCUGAUUCAACCAGUGUCACAAUCACACCAGCUUCUUUUGUACAAAACCAUUUGUCUCAGGCAACUUCAUCUUCUGGUCAUGUUCAUUAUGCAGAAGGAACAAGAAAUGAAAUGGGAGGAGGAGGAGAAAGAGGACGAGGUAAGAAUCAAUCCACCUCAUCGUCUGCAACCAGUCAUGGUGCUCCUUCAAUGUCAAUAACUGCAACAACAGCUACACCAAAUUCAUCCUCUUCAACGACAAAUUCAACAUCAACCUCAUCAACAUCAAAUCGACAAGGAUUAUCUGGUAACUCGGGUAAUGCCAAUGCCAAUGGAUCUCAAGCUGAAAUGUCAGCACAAAUGGCUGCUGCUCAAAUACAGUUUAGUCAAUUGUUAAUGUCAAUGGGACUUGCUGGCAUGGGAAUGCCCAUGAAUAUUCCCGGUAUGAAUGUAAAUUUUGCUGCUGCCGCAGCUAUGGGUUUACAUCCACCCAUGAUACCAAUCAUGAUGCCUCAUCUUGACCCAGUCAUUGCUGCUGCCGCCUUUAACCAUCAAGCUGCUCAAGCUUCAGGUAAUCCAGCUGCUGCUGCUGCCGCUGCCGCUGCGGCCGCUGCUGCUGGUUCAAGUAACAAUGGUGGUUCCUCAUCACAGUCCGCCGCUCUUCAAGGAGCCGAAGCCAACUUUUUCGCCGCUGCUCAACAAAAACUAUUAGCUCAACAACAGCAACAGUUGACUGCUGCUGCUGCUGCCGCAGCCGCUGCAGCUCAACAACAACAAGCUCAGGCUCAAGCACAACAACCUAAACGUGCUCGCACACGAAUUACCGAUGAUCAAUUGAAAGUGUUGAGACAAUAUUUCGACAUUAACAAUUCACCAACUGAAGAGCAACUUCAAGAAAUGUCUGAAAAAUCUGGUCUACCAUUAAAGGUGAUUAAACAUUGGUUCCGUAAUACACUUUUCAAAGAGCGUCAAAGAAACAAAGAUUCACCUUAUAAUUUCAAUAAUCCACCUUCAACCAUUUUAAACCUUGAAGAGUACGAAAAAACUGGUGAGGCCAAAGUUAUUUCUAUCGGUGAAUCUCAAACAACAAUUAAACAAGAAAAAUUAGACGAAGAAAAACCCAACAAAGAGGUUAAAGUUAAUUUAAAUAAUAGUAGUGGUCCUCUAGUUGGUAAUAAUAGUGCUCAUUGUCUGAUUAAAGAAGAUCCAGGUAACCAUGAAUCAAGUUUGAUUGAAUCUACCAACCUAUCAACAUCAACAAUGCUAGCAACUUUGAAUCUAUCUAUUAAUGAAGUUAAAAUGAUGUCUACAGCAAACACUAAAUCUGAAUAUGAUUUCACCUCAUCUGAUGAUGAUGGUGGACGUAAAGAUGAUUCAGUUAGAUUAGAGAUGAGACGUAACCGUGAAUCAACAUCUACACCCGAUACAUCAGUUACAUUUAGUUUAACCAAUCAUUUGGGAGCAAGUUCAACACCAACAACAACCGGAUCAACAGUGAAUCAAUCUACCGUUUCCCAUCAGCAACACCUUUCAUCAUUGGCAGCAAAUUUAACUUCAAAGGGAGUAACAGGUGCACGUUGUGAACCCUUUGACUAUGCCAAAUCAUAUACAAUGUCACCUCGCUCUGAAUCUUCAAUGAGCUCAAUCUCAACCAAUGACACUUGUUCACAGCAAAGUGGUCAACCACCUCAGUCUCUCUUUGCUGGCCUCUCUAGUCUCACUGGAACCUCUGGUUUACCUGGUCAUCUAACCUCUAAUCCACUUCAAAUGGCUUUAGAUGCUGCUGCCUCUCAUCGAGCCGCAGCUGGAUUAACAAGUGGCUUUGGUAUUGCCUCGCCACCCACUGGUUCCUCGGGUUCAACUGGUGGUGAUAGAGGAAACUCUUCAUCUUCAGGACCCUCUUCCGGUACCACUCCUGGUAAACGUGCCAAUAGAACUCGUUUCACCGAUUAUCAGAUUAAAGUAUUGCAAGAAUUUUUUGAAUCAAAUGCAUACCCUAAAGAUGAUGAUCUUGAAUACCUUUCCAAGCUUCUUAACCUUUCACCUCGUGUUAUUGUUGUUUGGUUUCAAAAUGCACGUCAAAAGGCUCGUAAAGUGUAUGAAAAUCAGCCCACCUCAAUGACCGAUGAUGACUCUUCUCAGGGUAAACUGUCCAAGACUGCUGGACUAACCUAUCAGUGUAAAAAAUGUUGCCAAGUUUUCCAACGUUAUUAUGAUUUGAUUAAACAUUCAAAGUCAGCUUGUUUUAAAGAUGAAAAUCCAUUGGCCGCCCAAAUAAGUCAAAUUAAAGCAGCUCAAGAAGCAAGGCAAGCUGCAGCCGCGUCACCGGGAGCAGCGAGCAUGUCAUCGGCAGCUUCAACACCAGCACCAUCAUCAGUCAAAGAGUUGGUCGAUUCAUUAACUCCCUCGCUAGAAGUCAAACAAUCAAACUCAGGAUCUACAACAACAACGGGUACGAGUAACAAUAAUAAUAACACUAACAACACCAAUAAUUUCAACAACCUUGCAUCAACAUCUUCCUCUUCUUUAACUGUCGAUCCCAAGUCAACAGGUAACAAUGGAUCAACCUCAUCUUUAUCCUCAUCUUCCUCCUCUUCUGGUCAACAACAACAACAACCUUCAACCCUGGCUCCAGCCAAUUUAACCAACAACACGACUUCAUCACACCACCAUCAACGAGACUCGACCGCUUCACCAACACCCUCCGAGACAAACAAUCCUUCUAGACCCUCAUCAUCACCUUCAGCCAACUCAUCCAAUGGUGCGUUUCGCUGUGAAAAAUGUGGACUUGUUUUCCCUCGUUUCGACCUUUGCCAAGAACAUCAAUUGGUCCACUUGAUGCACCCAUCUUUGUUUCCACCUUAUCCAUCCACCUCACCCUUUGGGAUACUUCAGUAUGAAGCCUGUCCACCGGGUAGCAUGACUGCUGCAGCCGCUGCGGCCGCCGCUGCCGCUGCUGCUGCAUCAGGUAAUGCUGCAGCUGCAGCAGCAGUUCAAAGUUUACAACAACAACAGCAACAAUUUGUCAAUUCACUUACUGGACUCAAUUCAUCGUCAACCUCUUCUUCGUCCAUCAACAAUCUUUCUUUGAAACGUAAACUUCCAGAAGAUGAAGAUUCAAUGGACUCUACAUCCAAUGCAGGAGGCGGUGGAAGUGUGUCUGGUGCGUCAACAAGUGCAACAAAUUCAGGAAUGUUAGGUGAUCAACCGCGUGACAAGCGACUUCGAACAACAAUUUUACCCGAACAAUUGGACUAUUUGUAUCAAAAGUAUACAAUUGAAUCCAAUCCAAGUCGAAAAAUGUUGGAAAGCAUUGCCAAAGAAGUCGGUCUUAAAAAGCGAGUAGUUCAAGUAUGGUUUCAAAAUACUCGAGCUCGUGAGCGAAAAGGUCAAUUUCGUGCCCAUCAACAAGCAAUCCAUAAACGGUGUCCCUUUUGUCGAGCCUUGUUCAAAGCUCGAUCAGCCCUUGAAUCUCAUUUAGCCACUCGCCAUGCUGACCAAUAUACCAAAGGUGAUAUCAACAUAGACGCAUUGCCUGAUGGCGAUCCUUCCGAGGAUACAUCAGACGAAGUGAAAGCCGCAUUAACACCAGAAAUGUUGCAACAACAAAUCUAUUCAUUCCAAAAGUACAUGGAUCAAGUAACCUCUGGUCAAUUUAAAGACGCAUCCAGUGGUUCCAAUAGUGGAGCUGCUCCCACCAGUCCAGCUGACCUUUCCUUAAACAUAAAGGCAGCCCUUGGAUUGGGUGGUGAUUUACCUUUAGACUUAUCCAAACCCAUUGAAUCAGGUGAUGGAACAGGGUAUGAUGAUGACAUGGUUGGAGGUUAUGGUGAUCCAUUUGGUGAUCGAUCUGAACUGGGUGAAUCAGACUCCGAGUCGGAAGAAGAAGAUGAUUAUGAUCUAGUUUUACCGACAAACUUAUUCAACAGUGCAACCGGAUUAAAGUCAUCUGGUGGUCAAGUCAAUACCUCAUCAUCGUCAACCUCAGCCGCUGCCGCAGCAGCAGCCAUUGCAGCAGUAGCAGCAGCCGCAGCCUCAGCCUCAACAACCGAAGAAAGCAAAUUACCGUUAAACAAUUGUUCAACCUCUGCUUCAGCAAGUGGACAACUGACAACCCCGCCAACAACCAAAUCGGGAUCCAAUUCAAAAAGAUUUCGGACUCAAAUGACUACUGUACAGUUAAAGGUAAUGAAAUCAGUUUUCGAUGAAUACAAGACUCCAUCAAUGACUGAAUGUGAGAUGUUGGGACGCGAGAUUGGCCUGCCCAAGCGAGUGGUUCAAGUUUGGUUUCAAAAUGCUCGUGCCAAAGAAAAGAAGGCUCGACUUUCCAUUUAUGGAUCCAGUUCCAUUGGUUCAACUGGAGACCCGGAAUCACCGAGUAAAGUUCCAGACGAAUGUAAACUUUGUGGUGUCAAGUAUAAUCACAAGUUUUCCGCCACUUCCAUGCAAGAACAUCUCUUUUCACCUUUACACAUUGAAACUCUUCGAGUUCACAUAACAAGUGCUAAAUCGUGCAACGAAUCGGGAGAAUCGGGAGAAUCGUUUGCCGAUGAUUCCUGUUCAACCGACUAUUCUGGUAUAACAUCUUCACUACCUUAUACCAUGAGCUCAACUUCAACACCAACAACACCAAUGAUGACCAACUUUAUCAACUUUUCUGGACAUCACAUGAUUGGUAAACCAGAUUUUACCAAAUUAUAAGUUCGACCAAAAAAUCGACUUUUCUUCUUCUUCUAUUAUUAUUGCGACUGAUUUAAAUGCAACAAAAGAUGAAACAAAAGAUAACGUGAAAUGACCUCAAUUUUGUAACAAAAAACACAAAUGUUUACCUUUCUUUUCUGUUAAAGGUAAAUUGACACAAAUGAACUUGAUCUCGACAUCCUCAUCAUGAAACAUUCCAAAGCCAUAUUAUCAUCAUUUCCAUCAUCCAUUUGCUCCAACCUCAUCUUCAUCACUUUCUCUCAUCCUCAUCCACUGGAAGAUAACAAAAGCAAUCUGAGAAGACGUAUAAAUAGAUGAUGAUUAACACUCUUCACUCAGCAAAAAGCCAUUCUUUUCCUAUUACAGUUUGACUCUUUGCUAUUAUAUUAUAUAUAAAAAAACAACAAAAUACAAUUUUUCCUUCUUCUCUUUGUAAACCUUGAUUCUCUCUCUUCUCUCUCUCUCUCUCUCUCUCUCUCUCUCUCUUGACAAGCAAACAAAACCCAAAAACCUUUCAUUUUUGGUCAACCAUGAUUCCUAUUUAUAUGUUAUUUAAAAUAUUGUAUUAUCAACUGAAUGACAAAUGACAACAAACAAAAUGGCAACACUAAAUAAUGCUAAAUUAAACCAAAAUCACAACAAAAAAUUGAUUUA